AUGGGACCACAAAUAACAAGCUGGGAUGAUCUCACAGAAGUAUGGGAGCAACGCGACGACAUAGCAGGGCAAAUCCGCCACACAUCCUUCGCAGUGUUCGACAAUAGCGAGCAGUUUUACUACGGCAGAAUUGAAGCACCGAAGACGGAUGUGACCUUUGAUCAGAUGGCCAAUGCCCUUCGAAUUGUUCCCGAUGAAGAAGUAUACACGAAAUGGCCAGCCUCUAGCAUUGCGCUAGUGCAAAAUCCAAGGACACCUAUUGAGGGCAGCUAUAUCAAACGCCCCUGUGCACAAAUGUACGAGGUUCUGAAAGACCAUAAUGCGCUGGCUCAGCUCUCGAACCCGUUGGUAGCAGAGGCUGAAUUGCUAUACUCGCUAUCCCAGAACCCGCAUCCCAAUAUCAUCGGGUAUCAUGGCUGUCAAGUUCUCCGUGGCUAUUUCAUUGGGAUUGUCCUUGACAGACACCCAUACGAUCUAUAUACCUUUUUUGAGCGACAAUUUGGAACAAUUGAUAUAGAGCCUUUUAUGACGGCCCUCGAGUCAGCAGUUUAUCAUCUUCAUACGCAUGGAUUAGCUCACAAUGACUUGAACUCACGCAACAUUCUAGUCAACAAAGAAGGAAUGCCUAUUUUGAUCGACUUCGGUGGAUGCCAGCCUACUGGGACUUAUUUGAAGUUUAUUCGAGGGACUAAGGAGUGGAUCGAUGGAGAAAUCAAGGACUAUAAUACAUCGGAUAAGGAGCAUGAUAUUUCUGCCCUUGCGAAGAUCAGGGCGUGGUUGGACAAGCCUGUCUUUGAUGAAUGA